UCAAAUGAACCAUGUCCGCUUUCUCUGUUUUUGUUGCUAACUCUUGAAUCAUGUAAUAUUUCCUUAUUUAUUUCACUGUAUGUACAAGCGCUACAACGAACACUAUAACCAUGUACUUAAACACUGUUUUAUCCUUAAUUUUGGUACUUAAGGCGUUGAGUUGUUUAGCCGAUUGUGGAUGUAAAUUGAACAGGAACGGGCAGUGUAACAUCGAUAAUCCGUCUGAAAAGUAUUCGAAAGAUUUAAACGAUUUGAAACUUGACAAUAAUAUUUUGCCUAACGAUGAUUUGAGCACUGACAACAUGGUAUUAAUUGAUGGGGGCACGUUCGAAAUGGGCACGAACAAACCAGUCUUCGAGUCUGACCACGAAGGCCCAGUCCGGAACGCCACCGUCAAGUCGUUUUAUUUGGAUAAAUACGAGGUGUCUAAUCAAAACUUUAAAGAUUUUGUACAACAAACUGGUUACAAAACUGAGGCAGAGGUUUUUGGGGACAGUUUUGUUUUUGAAAUGAUUUUGCCAGAGGACCAGAGGAAGGAGUACCAAGAUGUUAGGGCUGUGCAGGCGCCGUGGUGGAUUAAACUGAAGGGUGUCACUUGGAAACAGCCUGAAGGAGAAAAAUCAUCCAUUGAAGAUAGGCUGAACCACCCAGUGAUUCACGUCAGUUGGAAUGAUGCAGUGAACUACUGCAAACAUUUGAAGAAGCGCCUUCCAACAGAAUCUGAGUGGGAAAUGGCGUGCAGGGCGGGCCUUAAACAGAAGCUGUAUCCAUGGGGCAACAAGCUGAAUCCUCAUGGAAAACACUGGGCAAACAUUUGGCAAGGCACUUUUCCAGAAGAGAACACGGCAGAGGACGGUUACAUGUUCACGUCGCCGGUCGACGAGUUUCCACCCAACAAAUUCGGGCUGUACAACAUGGCUGGGAACGUCUGGGAGUGGACGCAGGACAGUUGGCUCAAUGACCCAGAAUCAAAAGUGAAGAAAGGCGGCUCAUUUUUAUGUCACGAGUCUUAUUGUUUUAGGUACAGGUGUGCCGCCAGGUCGUUUAACACAAAGGACACCUCGGCGGGGAAUUUAGGAUUCAGGUGUGCUGCUGAUGUUCAAUAAGGUUUAUUUUUACUUAAGACAACGAACUUACACCUGGUUUUGGGUUAUUUUUAAGGUUUAUGCUUGUUGAAAGUCAUUCAUUUUACUUGUAAAACAUUUACCUAUUAAGCACAAUCAUUUUGUCAUCUAAAUUAACAGAAAAAACAUUAGAAAUAGUACGUGUAAACGAAAAUAAUCGAAAAAGUGUAUAGUUACUAAAUUCGCAUGGGCAAACUUGUUAGUUUUAGUUGAUACUAAUAGCUGUGGCUUCAAAACCUAAUCCUAGACAAUUGUUGCCUUAAAAUGAUUCCAAAACUAGACAGUCCAAUUAAUACACAACAUACAGAAUCUCAAUAUUUAUUCCCACAUUCCACGAUGUUUUCGUACAAAAAACUAAAUGUUACAUAAAAAUAUUUAGGAGAACUGAUUAAUAGUUUUGAGAGAGUAAAAAAAUAAAAUACAAGUAUUUGAUCUAAGCUAAUAGAAACAAGUUUAUACAGUCUUAUGCUAUCAGUUUUUAUUUUUUUAAUCUCUAGUUCUUUUAAACUGUGCAAUAAACAGGCAGUGUUCGAUUUCGUACUUAAAAUAAACAUGUAAAUCCUGCCACAAAGUCUUCCAAAAAUUAUAUACAUACUAACGUUGAAUAGAAACAUAAAAUUAUAUGUAUAUCACAAAUUGACAAUAAA